GGAUUGGAGAAGGUCAAUCAACUACACGGCCACCUCUUUUUGAUGGAACCAAUUAUACAUAUUGGAAAGAACGAAUGAGAAUCUAUAUUCGUUCCACGAACUUCCAAUUAUGGUUGGUUAUCAAAAACGGGGAAGAGGUGCCGAUGAAGAAAGUCGGAGACAAGUUAAUCCCCAAGACCGAAGAUGAGUUUCAUGCCGAGGACAUAAAAAAGGUCGAGAAUUACGCAAAGGCAAUAAAUAUGCUUUAUUGUGCCGUAAAUCUUGAUGACUACCGCAAGAUCUCCUGCUGCUCAACCGCCAAGGAGAUGUGGGAUAAACUUGAGGUGACGUACGAAGGAACGGACCAAGUACGUGAAGCUGAGAUUGACUUCCUCACCCAAGAAUAUGAGAUGUUCAGGAUGAAGGAGCAUGAGAAGAUUGACGACAUGUUCGACCGAUUUUCCAAGAUAGUCAACGAUCUUCAUGCAUUAAAGAAGACGUACACCGACAGGGAUCUUGUGCGAAAGAUCCUACGGAGCUUGACAUCCGAAUGGCGAUCCAAGGCCGAUGCCAUCUAUGAAUCAAUCGGCACAUCAAAUGUCACCAUCGAUGGCCUAAGACGUAAUCUAAAAACCUAUGAAUCGACUAUUCUUAAUCCGUCUUUGAAUGACCAAAGGAAAGGGAUAGCACUAAAAGCCGUCAAAGAAUCAACGAUGGAUGAUUCAAGUGACGAUGAUGAAGUCAAGCUUGUCAUGAAGAAGUUCUGCAAACUUCUAAGAAAGAAAGAAAAGGUUGAGGAUGGCCCUGUGUGCUAUGGAUG